AUCCUUCCACGGCCCCACCAGGAGCCCUGGGGAGGGACCCAGUUGCUUCCAACAUCAUAGUCCAGGUCAGGGAGGUGUGCCGGUGUGGAAGCUUCUCUUGUGACGUCCGAGUGGGUGAGGUCUGGGAGAAAGUUAAAGGGAAGCACCCACGUGUGCAAAAGCCAAGGCGAGCCUUUUUAUUUAUUUAUUUUUUUGAAGUCAGUCUCUCCUCUCCUCUCUCUUCCCCUGCCCUCCCCGCCUUCUCUCCUUUGAGGCUGGCCUCAAAUUAGAUCAUGUAGCCAAGAAAUAGCCUUGAACCUUCUGCCUUCGCUUCUCUAGUGCUAGAUUUUCAGUCAUGCACCAUCACACCCAGUUUAUUCGGUACUGGGGAUGGAACCUUGUGUAUACCAUGCAAACACUACAACCUGAGCUACAUCCCAGCCCGGAGCACACAGCAGCUUAGAUGUGAAACAAACAGUCUUGUGUGUUUGAAAUAGCAGGCAGAGCAGUUGGGACUGUGUCCCAAAGCCAUUGGAAGACACGGAGUGCUUUAAACACAGACUGCACAGUUUCCCAGUUAAGAUUUUUUAAAACGAUAUUUAAAUUUUCAUGUGCAUUUUUGUGGGUGUAGGCAUAUGUGUCGGCUCCCCCGGGGCUUUGUUAGAGGCACUUGUGAGUCUCUGAAGUGGACACUGAGAGCUGAAUUCACGCCCUUUGAAAGAGUGGCACAUACUCGUAACCACUGAGCCAUCUCUUUAGCCCCAGGUGUGGGGGUUUUGUUUUGAAAGGCAGGCUCACAACAUAGAUCUAGCUGAUCUGUAGGACUCUUGAGCCGGGGUCCCACUAUGUAACCAUGGCCGUGCUGGAAAUGAACAAUUGGACCAGGCUGUUCUUGAACCCAUGGAGAUCCCCUUGCUUCUGCCUCCCGAGCGUUGGGGUGAAAGGCAUGUGCCCUCACGCCCAGACCCCCAGUUGAGAUUGUAAAAGCAGGGGCUGGAGAGAUGGCUCAGUGAUUAAGAGCACUGACUGCUCUUCCAGAGGUACUGAGUUCAAAUCCCACCAGCCAUAUGGUGGCUCACAACCAUCUGUAAUGGGAUCCAAUGCCCUCCUCUGGUGUGUCUGAAGACAGCUACCUGUGAUUAUAUGCAUAAAAUAAAACCUUCCCCCCCCCAAAAAAAAAGAUUUUAAAAGCAUCUUCUCUCUCUGAGCAUAGAACAGACAUGGAGGAAGUACUACUACACAGAACGGAGGCUGUUACCCCUUGGUCUGUGUGGACGAUGGUGGUCCCUGGAUGAGUUUAGUUAUGGGAGUGGUUAACGUGGCUGAGUUAUGAGCAGGCCUGCUGACACAUCCGUUUUGUGUGAAGAACUCUAUUUGUCAGCUUGAGCACCUGGGAGACACUACUGGAGACACAGGAAAGCCCAGGCAUGUGUGAUGUCCCAGGGUGGACUGAUCUGACGGGCCUGGAGGGAUAGAUGCCCAGAUAACUGAUCUAGUGUCUUGAGCCAGGGCCUGGGGAUUAAAGAGGGAUAGUGUACUGGCUGCUUGGUUUUACGUGUCACCUUGACACAAGCUAGAGUCAGAGAGGAAGGAGCCUCAGUUGAGAAAACGCCUCCGUGAGAUUUAACUAAAAGGCAUUUUCUCAACUAGCGAUCGAUGUGGGGAGGCCCCAGCCCAUGAUGGGUGGGGCCUCCCUGAGCUGGUGGUCCUGGGUUCUAUAAAAAAGCAGGCUGAGCAAGCCAUGGGAAACAAGCCAGUCAGCAGUGCCCUCCAUGGCCUCUGCAUCGGCUCCUGCCCACUCGGAGUUCCUGUCUUGACUUCCUCCAGUGAUGGACUGUGAUCUGCAAGUGGCUUGAUGACCUUUGAGGAUGUGGCUGUGUAUUUCUCCCAGGAGGAGUGGAUGUUCCUGGAUGCAGCUCAGAGGGCCCUGUACCGCCAUGUAAUGCUGGAAAACUUCGCACUUGUAGACUCUCUAGGACCCCCUGUCUCCCGCCCUCGUGUGAUCAUCCAACUCCAGCGUGGCGAGGAACCCUGGGUUCCCAACAGGACAAAUAUAGGCCCAGGCAUGGGUACCCACAGGAGAUCCGGCCUUGGAUCCAAGUACAGUGCAAGGGACAGACAUGUGUCUGGAAUACCUCCAGGGGCCACCUGUGACGGGCCCGAUAGGAGGCCUACUGGUCUCCUUCCUCCUGCUGGUGCUUACCCUGAUGCAAAACGUCUGGAGGGACAUCAGAGUGCCUGCCCAUCUCUACAGAAAAAACCCACAGGCGUGUCAGUGAUUUACUGGGAGCAGCUGCUGCUAGGCUCCAGCAGCGAUGAGGCGGCUGUCAGCCUGAGACUGACCUCCCCGGCAGGGUUUCCUGAAAAUGGCUCAUCUACAGUGAAGGCCUUCUCUGACUUCCUGGCCCCGGGGAUGCAGCCACAGGUAGCAGAGCAGCACAAGCCGCUAACCCCUGGGCGAACUCUCCAAAACAUUCCAGGUCUGCACGGGGCUGAGGAGGGACGUGGGGUGAAUGGAGCCUGGCGCGAGUCUCAGGGAGACCCCAGUGUCCCAGAAGCCGGGGUAUGGGAUGAGCUGGGCGAGGCCCUCCAGGCCAGCCCGGGGCUUCUCUCGGGGGACAAACCUUUCGAAUGUAGGGCGUGCAACAAAGUGUUCGUGAAGAGCUCAGACCUGCUCAAGCAUCUGCGCACCCACACCGGAGAGCGGCCAUAUGAGUGCGCCCAGUGUGGCAAGGCCUUCAGUCAGACCUCUCACCUGACUCAGCACCAGCGCAUCCACAGCGGCGAGACGCCCUAUGUGUGCAUGGUGUGCAGCAAGGCCUUCCGACAUAGCUCCUCACUGGUGCGCCAUCAGCGCAUCCACACGGUCGAGAAGUCAUUCCACUGCACCGAGUGUGGUAAGGCCUUCAGCCACGGCUCCAACCUCAGCCAGCACCGAAAGAUCCAUGCAGGAGGGCGGCCCUACGCCUGCGCACAGUGUGGCCGCCGCUUCUGCCGCAACUCACACCUUAUUCAGCACGAGCGCACACACACUGGCGAGAAGCCUUACACCUGCUCCCUGUGCGGCGCAGCCUUCAGUCAAGGCUCCUCGCUUUUCAAGCACCAGCGCGUGCACACUGGAGAGAAGCCUUUCUCUUGUCCACAGUGCGGCCGCGCCUUCAGCCACAGCUCCAACCUCACACAGCAUCAGCUGCUGCACACUGGCGAACGGCCCUUCCGCUGCAACGACUGUGGCAAGGCCUUCGCCAAGGGCGCAGUAUUGCUCAGCCACAGGCGCAUCCACACUGGUGAGAAGCCCUUCGUGUGCACGCAGUGUGGCCGCGCUUUCCGUGAGCGCCCUGCCCUCUUCCAUCACCACAGGAUCCACACAGGAGAGAAGGCCCUGCGGAGGCCCAGGGGCAGCGUGCACCCCCAGGCCAGGUCUCUUGGGACAUCCUUAGAUGGUGCACUUCCAAAGGCCACUUCUACCUUAGACCCACCAGCAGUCCCAAAGAUCCCUGAGGCCUAAGGCGACAGCGGUGCCCUUCCCUGGAAUCCCUUUCACUCACUGCGGAAUCCACUGUCAUGUGAGCAAGGUACAAGGAAGACUUGCCAGUCAGUUCCACUUACAGCUAAACCCUAAAAGAAGCUGUCCCAGAGAGGAACCGGUAGAAUGCAUGCACCCCCCUCGGACUGGUGGGGUGAAUAGGGACCUCCCCCAGAACUAGUGGGUAACCCACAGACUUUGGUCUUCAGGUUUCCUGACUGUGGCUGUGAAAACAAGGAAAGAGCCCCCAAGAGGUGGGAGCUCUCAAACUAGCAGCUGGAGAUCCAACCCCAGUGCGUUCUGUUUCCAUGGUGCAAGCCUCGGGCAAACCUUCAGGUUUGUUUCUGAGCCUCAGCUUUCUCCUCUGGGAAGUGAAGAGGGAAGGAGAUUUGGACCUUGGAGGAUGAUGCUAUAAAGCACUCUAGCAGCUGGAUACAGUGACACAUGUCUUUAAGCCCAGGGCUUGAAAGGCAGAGGCAGGUGUGUCUCUUCUGAGUUUCAGGUCCCAACCAGAGUUACACAGUGAAACCCUGUCUAAAAAAAUGUCAAUGUUCUAAUAGGAUCCAAAUAAAGUCUAAGCAGACUCACGGCCAGCCCUGUGCCUCCGUCCUGCUCACUGAGCAGCUUGUGGGCCGUGCCUAGAGGCCACAGCAGAACCCGGGUGAGCCUUGCCCACGUGGACUUGUCCAGUCUGCAGCCACACCCUCUUCAUAGCCUACCAGUAGGAGAUGGAGGUCUGGGGGGAGAUGUGGCCCUCAGUUCCAU